AGAGCGCACGGCGCCCAUUCAUGAUCCAGCGAACGGGGCCGGUGGCCAGUAAAGCGGGACCGGUGCCCUGUAAGGCGGCGCCGGUACCGCCGUUAUGGAGACAUCGGGGCAUCUCCACGAUUCGGGCGUGGGGGACUUGGAGGAGGAUGGUCGGUGUCCCUGCCCGCUACCGGGGGAUGAACGGUCACCGCCGCCGCCCUCCGCGCUGCCGCCGCUUCAACACAGCCUGUUGCACUCCUCGCCUGGGUCGUUACGGGCCCCUCCUCCUCCUCCCGCCGCCCCCGCCGCCCUCCACCCUUCCUCCCGCCACGGCAGCCAGCUCAACCUCGGCGACCACCCAGCGGGCUCUGGGGUGACGAGUGGCAAACACCGGCAGCCCAGCCCCUUGGUCCAUCGGCGGGACAGCAACCCCUUCACCGAGAUUGCCAUGAGCUCCUGCAAGUACAGCGGAGGGGUGAUGAAGCCCCUCAGCCGACUCAGCGCAUCCCGACGGAACCUUAUCGAGGCUGAGCCAGAGGCACAGCCCCUGCAGCUCUUCGGUGCUGGUGGACCUCCUGAGAUCGUUGUCUCGCGUGAGGACAACCAUGCGCCCGCCACCCACCGUCCCACCCGCCCGCCCGCCCGCCCGGCCCCUGCCACCUUUGCCAAGGGGCCCAAGCGCAAGGCACAAAACAUCGGCUACCGGCUCGGGCACCGCCGAGCGCUCUUCGAGAAGAGGAAGCGCCUCAGUGACUACGCACUCAUUUUCGGCAUGUUCGGCAUUGUUGUCAUGGUCAUCGAGACUGAGCUCUCCUGGGGGCUCUACUCCAAGGACUCCAUGUUCUCCCUGGCCCUGAAAUGCCUUAUUAGCCUCUCCACCGUGAUCCUGCUGGGCCUCAUCAUUGCCUACCACACACGGGAGGUGCAGCUCUUUGUGAUCGACAAUGGAGCUGACGACUGGCGGAUAGCGAUGACCUAUGAGCGCAUCCUCUACAUCAGCCUGGAGAUGCUGGUUUGUGCCAUACACCCCAUCCCUGGGGAGUACAAAUUUUUCUGGACAGCCCGCCUGGCUUUCUCCUACACACCUUCUCGGGCAGAGGCGGAUGUGGACAUCAUCCUGUCCAUCCCCAUGUUCCUGCGCCUCUACCUGAUCGCUCGAGUGAUGCUGCUGCACAGCAAGCUCUUCACCGACGCAUCCUCACGCAGCAUCGGGGCCCUCAACAAGAUCAACUUCAAUACCCGCUUCGUCAUGAAGACACUCAUGACCAUUUGCCCCGGGACGGUGCUGCUGGUCUUCAGCAUUUCCCUUUGGAUCAUCGCUGCAUGGACAGUCCGUGUGUGCGAGAGGUACCAUGACCAGCAGGAUGUAACCAGCAACUUCCUGGGUGCCAUGUGGCUCAUCUCCAUCACUUUCCUCUCCAUUGGCUAUGGUGACAUGGUCCCACACACCUACUGUGGGAAGGGAGUCUGCCUCCUCACUGGCAUCAUGGGUGCUGGCUGCACGGCACUGGUGGUGGCUGUGGUGGCCAGGAAGCUGGAGCUCACCAAAGCUGAGAAACAUGUCCACAACUUCAUGAUGGACACACAGCUGACGAAGCGGAUCAAGAAUGCGGCAGCCAACGUCCUGCGGGAAACAUGGCUCAUCUACAAGCAUACCAAGCUACUGAAGAAGAUCGACCAUGCCAAAGUCAGGAAGCACCAGAGGAAGUUCCUACAAGCCAUUCACCAGUUGCGGAGUGUGAAGAUGGAGCAGAGGAAGCUGAGUGACCAAGCCAACACCCUUGUCGACCUCUCAAAGAUGCAGAACGUGAUGUAUGACCUCAUCACGGAGCUCAAUGACCGCAGCGAGGAUCUGGAGAAGCAGAUCAGUGGCCUGGAAUCCAAGCUGGAGCAGCUCAGUGCCAGCUUCAACUCCCUGCCACUGCUGAUGGCUGACAUGCUGCGGCAGCAGCAGCAGCGCCUGCUCACUGCCGUCCUGGAGGCGCGGGGGGUUGGAGUGCCAGUGGGCACCCCCCAAACGCCUCUCUCUGAGAGCCCCAUUGGGGUUAGCUCCACCUCCUUCCCCACCCCUUACACAAGCUCAAGCAGCUGCUAAAAUGCAGCCCCUCAGCCC